AUGGCGCGUGAAAGAGGCUUUCGUGCCGCCGAAAAAGAAAACCUGCCCCCGAAGAAGGUCAAGCGCACCAUCUCGGUUUCGACGCUGUUCACUCCGAGCAAGAUCUCCAACCGUGUGCACAAAAGUGACCGCCGCCUCGCUGCGCCUGGUCUCAAUCUCAGUGUCACCGUUUCCCGCAGCCAAUCCCUUCUGGCAUCAAGAAAAACGGGACCUGGCAAAGAAAUCAGCCGCAGCUUCAAUGCCGCUACCGACUCGUACCGAAAAGGGGUGGCCCUGCAAAAGUCUCACCUGCUGGAACCAGUCUAUGCCGAGCUCAUUGCCCGAGUAGACAUCACCACCGUCGAUGAAGAUGCGGCCUCCGUCGAAGCCCUGGCCAACGAGGAAGCCGACAUGUCGCGGUCUCUCGACGACGAGAUCAUGGUGCUGCAGACGACGCUCCCGAACGGCAAGACCGUGACCAAUGAAGUCCGCCUAGGCGACACCGUGCACGCAUUCGAGAAGCUUUUGCAGGAGAAACGACAAGAGAUGACCACCAUCCUCGAAGAAUUGCAUCAGGUCGAAGUCGACAUGGCGACAGCCAAGCAAGAGAUCUUGGUUUCGGACGCCGCAGCGGAGCAAUUGGCCCGGGAGGAACUCGACGCAUCGCUUGCCGAACUGAAGAAAGAAAUUCUUGCAGCAAAGGAAACUACUCGGAAGGAAUUCGAGCUCGCUCGCAAGGAAGACCAGGAUGAGAAACGCAAGUUUGAGGCCGCGCUCAAGACGUUGAUGGAAGAUGUCUGA